UUUUAAUAACUAAGAAAAAAUCCAACUUAUCUUUAAAAUUACUUUUCUAUUUCUCACCAUUCAGCUAAUAUCAUCUGGCAUUGUUAUUAACGUUGUGAUGGGCCUCACAAAUGAUGAAACGGUCGGUUCUUUGAUGAACGUUCUAACGGACGGCUCUUGUAUAAUAAAUCGUAGUCAGCAGGUUUGAGUCCCUCGACUCAAUAAUAAAUCGUACUUUUACCGCCAACGUUUUAGAAGUUUGGCUAUUUUUCACAAUGAGAUACAUUAAUAGUGUGUCCUACUGGUUACUGGUUCAACCCUAAUUUAAAAAAAACUUGUUUACUGUACUAUUAUAUGAUCAUUUAAGUAACUAAAGUUAGAUGAUUGAAAGAUAAAGAGAAAGAGACAAGUUGUAUGAAAUAGAACGAAAAAUGUAUAUAAAUAAUAAAAGGAAUAAAAACAAAGGUUUUGAUUUGACACACUAAUAAAGACAAAGUAUUUUAAAAAACGAAAUAAAUACACACAAACACUGAUUAGUAUUCCCUACGCCUAAGCUUCUCUCACACACCUAUAAAUAUCACUCUUUUCUUCUCCACUUAAUUAGACAGCCACUACAAAAAUAAGCCUCUUAACGUUAGUAAUUUAUAUAUAUCUUAAAAGAAACCUGUAAAGGAUCUUUCAUUUCCACUAGUAUAUCUAUACAUAUACAUAAAUGGCAAUGGAGUGCAUCGCAACUCUCCCUCAAAGAUUCAAUGAAAACAAAACCAAAGAGGAUCCUUCUAACUUCGAUGCAAAUCUCCUGAAUCAGCAGUCAAACCACAUACCUCAACAGUUCGUAUGGCCUGACCACGAGAAACCUACCGAUGAUGUUCAACCUCUCCAAGUCCCUCUAAUAGACCUCGCUGGUUUCCUCUCCGGCGACUCGGUCUUGGUCUCGGAGGCUACUAGACUCGUCUCUGAGGCAUCAAAGAAACAUGGCUUCUUCCUAGUCACUAACCAUGGCAUUGAUGAGACUCUCUUGUCUCGUGCCUAUCUGUUUAUGGACUCUUUCUUUAAGGCUCCGGCUUGUGAGAAACAGAAGGCUCAGAGGACGUGGGGCGAGAGCUCUGGUUACGCUAGUAGCUUUGUCGAGAGAUUCUCGUCCAAGCUCCCGUGGAAGGAAACGCUGUCGUUUAAGUUCUCUCCCGUGGAGAAGUGCCAUUCCCAAACCGUUAAAGACUUUGUGUCUGAGAAAAUGGGAUAUGGAUACGAAGAGUUAGGGAAGGUAUAUCAAGAAUACGCGGAGGCCAUGAACAUUCUGUCACUAAAGAUCAUGGAGCUUCUUGGAAUGAGUCUUGGGAUCGAGAGAAGACAUUUUAGAGAGUUUUUCGAAGACAACGAGUCGAUAUUAAGGUUGAAUUACUACCCACAAUGCAAGCAACCGGAUCUUGCAUUAGGGACAGGACCUCACUGCGAUCCAACAUCGCUAACCAUACUUCAUCAAGACCAAGUCGGUGGUCUUCAAGUUUUCGUGGACAACAAAUGGCAAUCCAUUCCUCCAAACCCUAAAGCAGUCGUGGUGAACAUAGGCGACACUUUCAUGGCUCUAACGAAUGGAAGGUACAAGAGUUGUUUGCAUCGUGCGGUGGUGAAUAGCGAGAGUGAAAGGAAGUCAUUUGCAUUUUUCCUAUGUCCUAAAGGAGAUAAAGUGCUAAAGCCACCAGAAGAACUAGCAGGAGUGAUCUCUGAAAGAGAGUAUCCAGAUUUUACAUGGUCUACGUUUCUUGAGUUCACACAAGAACAUUAUAGAGCAGACAUGAACACUCUUGAAGAGUUUUCAAAUUGGCUUAAGAACAGAAGAAGUUUCUAAAAAUGAGGAGACAAUGAUGUGACCCAGAAGUUGAACUUGUAGUUGGGGUUUUAAAGAAACAAGUGAGAUGAGAUGUUCAAAACUAGUUGAGGAGCCUUUUUAUUUUUGUUUUAUCAAUUAUUUUGUUUUGCUGAAAGAUAAAUUUAGCAAAUAAAUAUAUGUUCUCCAUCCGACUCAAUUAUGAUAUUUGGUUCGUAAAUAAUAUAUUUUUUUAAUAUC